UUUGCGUAGACGGAGACGAUCGGCUCUCUCCAGCCUCCGGGUCUCGGAAUCGACGGAAGCUCCUCGGCGCCGGUCCUACCAACCUCCGCCACCGCCCCCGGAGACAAACAAAUCCACUGAAAACAACAAGAUGAAUAUAAUCGAGUGAAGUCAGCCUCCAAUCUUCCGAUCCCCGUCUUUACCCUUUGGGGAUGGACAUGGCCGGGAGGCGAUCCACCUACUCGCUCCUCAGCCAGUCCCCCGACGACUCUCCGCCGCCGCCCAAGUUCGACUCACCGCCCACCGACAAGGCCCGCGCCCGCGCCUCCCCCUUCGACUGGUCGAUCGCCCCCGCCGUCGCGCCGCUGCAGCGGCAGUCCAGCGGCAGCAGCUACGGGGAGAGCUCCCUCUCCGGCGGGGACUUCUACGCGCCCGCCACGAUCUCCUCCGCGACCGUAGACGCGGACGCCUUCAGCCGCAUGACGGCCCUGACGUCUGCCGGAGGGGGCGAGGGCCGGACGAAGGACGGUGCCGUGGCGGAGGCGUCGUCGUCGUCGUCGGCCAAGAGCUGGGCGCAGCAGGCCGAGGAGACGUACCAGCUCCAGCUCGCCCUGGCGCUUCGGCUCUGCUCCGAGGCGGCGUGUGCGGACGACCCCAAUUUCUUGGACGCUUUGGAUCAAACAGUGCUUCCGGAACGCGUCUCUCCCACGACCAUCUCCCAUCGCUUCUGGGUAAAUGGAUGCCUAUCAUACCAUGACAAAAUUCCGGAUGGCUUUUAUCUGAUUCAGGGAAUGGAUCCAUUUGUAUGGACUCUAUGUGCUGAUGUGGAAGAAGAGAAUCGGAUUCCAUCAGUUGAGUCACUGAAAACUGUUCACCCCUGUGAUUCAUCGAUUGAAGUGGCUCUAGUAGAUAGACAAUAUGAUCCUGAUCUAAGGCAGUUACAAAACGUGGUAGCUGGCCUUUCAUGCAGCUGUGCCACACCGAAAGAUAUGGUGGAUCAGCUAGCAAGCCUUGUCUGCUCCCACAUGGGAGGUACAGCUUUUAAUGAAGAGGAUCUUCUCCGUCGCUGGAAAGAGUGCAGUGAGGCUCUCAAGGCUACUUCAGGUUCUGUUGUGCUUCCAAUUGGGAAGCUAUCAGUUGGUCUCUGCAGGCAUCGUGCAUUGCUUUUUAAGAUGUUGGCAGACACAAUUAAUUUGCCAUGUCGAGUUGCCAAAGGCUGCAAAUAUUGCAAAACUGGUGAUGCUUCCUCAUGUUUGGUGCGCUUUGGUCUUGAAAGGGAAUAUUUAGUUGAUUUGAUUAGGAACCCAGGAAAUCUGUGUGAACCUGAUUCUUUGCUGAAUGGACCUUAUUCCAUUUCAAUAUCUUCACCUUUGCGUCCUCCAAAAGCCAAAUCAACCGAGGUAACUGUGAAUUUUAGAACCUUGGCCAAGCAAUAUCUUCUGGACUGUCAAUCACUUAAUCUCUUCUUCAAUGACGCUUCAGCAGGUGCUGUUGUUGCUCAAGGAGAUGUUGUGGACUUAUCUUCCUCUAGGCCUUUGGAUGAGAAGUCUGUAGAGGUGAUAUCUUCACCACUAGAAGCUACUGGAACUGAACUUUGUGAGCUACCUCUGCCUCACAUUCAAAAGGUUGCUCGGCCAGUGCCAUCAAAAGCUGUGCAGAAAGAUGUUCUCCAUAUCAUUCCUCCUGAUCCAAAGGCUGAUAAAAAGGAUUUCAGGCUUAUAAAGGAUUCUAAACAGGGCCAUAAUAGACCUAACAAUGAGAUAAGCCUUGCCAUAGAUGACUUAAAUAUUCCAUGGAGUGAACUGGUCCUGAAGGAGAGGAUUGGAGCAGGUUCUUUUGGAACUGUCCAUCGUGCUGAAUGGCAUGGUUCGGAUGUUGCUGUCAAGAUACUUAUGGAACAAGAUCUCCAUCCUGAGCGCUUAAAAGAGUUCUUAAGAGAGGUUGCUAUAAUGAAAAGCCUAAGGCAUCCUAAUAUAGUUUUGUUCAUGGGUGCUGUUACCGAGCCACGGAACCUAUCUAUUGUCACUGAAUAUUUGUCAAGGUCUGUGAUUUUGGUCUUUCAAGACUGAAGGCAAACACAUUUCUCUCAUCUAAGUCUCUUGCAGGAACCCCUGAGUGGAUGGCACCGGAAGUACUUCGAGAUGAACCAUCAAAUGAGAAGUCUGAUGUUUACAGCUUUGGCGUGAUUUUGUGGGAGUUUAUGACAUUGCAACAACCAUGGAGUAAUUUAAAUCCUGCUCAGGUGGUUGCUGCGGUUGGUUUUAAAGGAAGAAGGCUUGAGAUUCCAAGUGAUGUAAAUCCACAGGUGGCUGCUAUAAUUGAGUCCUGUUGGGCCAAUGAGCCAUGGAAAAGACCGGCUUUUUCUAGUAUCAUGGAGUCCUUAAAAUCUCUGCUCAAGCCUCUGCCACCUCAACCAUUACAUACUGAUAUGCCGAGUGCCAAAUAGAAGGCUAGUUGCAUAUUUUUGAAACGGCUGGUGUACUUUUUGUGAUCCUACAUGUACAUAAGUCUGCUUCAAUUGUAUCAAUUACAGGUGAUCUUGCAUUUGCAUUCAACAAAUUUUGAAUUAGCGUCUUUACUCUUUAGUUUAAAGUUCAAUUCUAUUUCAUGUUUAACAACAGAUAUAACUCUUUUCUUGUCCUUGGUCCAUCCAAUGAUUAGAUGAUAUCACAAUGUACACAUAAUUUUCUUCAACAUAGUUCAUGCAUAGAACUUUGGUUUAAUUUUGAAUA